GUCGGAGGGGGCGGGGCUUCCUCCUGGCGGAGUUGGGCGCGCUCCUUCGCUGCGGAGGGAUGUCUUCUCUGUUGCUUCUGGCGGUGUAGUUAGUCGCAUGGGCGUGUAGCCGUCGUAGUAGUUUUCUUGUUCCGUUUACCAAAACAUCUGCCCUUCUGUUACACUAGCGCAGUGCUUAGGGUGGUGCCUGUCAUGUCGAACUCGCGGCCCAGGCCCCGCCGGGCCGCCAGGAGUGCCGCGGGGGGAGCCGGGCGGGAAGAGCUGGUGUCGCGGUCCCUGCAGAGCGCGGAGCACUGCAUGCGUGCCCAAGACUUCGGCACCGCCUAUGCCCACUACCUGCUCGUGCUCAGCCUGUCGCCGGAGCUGAAAGAAGACGUGAAGGAAACUUUUCAGUACACACUCUUCAGAUGGGCCGAAGAGCUGGAUGCGCUCAGUAGGACCCAAGACCUGCUUGGCUGCUAUGAGCAAGCCCUGGAGCUGUUCCCUGAUGAUGAAGUGAUUUGCAAUAGCAUGGGGGAGCAUCUCUUCAGGAUGGGCUUCAGAGAUGAAGCAGCCGGGUAUUUCCAUAAAGCAGUGAAGCUAAACCCUGAUUUCAGUGAUGCGAAGGAGAAUUUCUAUCGUGUUGCAAAUUGGUUGGUGGAACGCUGGCACUUUAUCAUGCUUAAUGACACCAAAAGGAAUAUGAUUUAUAAUGCAGCAAUCCAAAAGGCAGUUUGUUUGGGAUCCAAAAGUGUUUUGGACAUUGGAGCAGGAACUGGAAUACUAAGCAUGUUUGCUAAGAGAGCGGGCGCGCACGCGGUGUACGCCUGUGAGCUGUCCCAGACCAUGUACGAACUGGCCUGCGACGUCGUGGCCGCGAACAAGAUGGCAGCAGGGAUCACGCUCUUACACAUGAAGUCGCUCGACAUAGAAAUUCCGAAACACAUUCCCGAAAGAGUGUCCCUAGUUGUAACAGAAACUGUCGAUGCAGGUUUAUUUGGAGAAGGAAUUGUGGAGAGUUUGAUUCAUGCGUGGGAGCAUUUACUUUUGCAGCCAAAGACCAAAGGUGAAAAUGGUAAUUGUGAAAAGUAUGGGAAAGUUAUACCAGCAAGUGCUGUCGUAUUUGGCAUGGCAGUAGAAUGUGCAGAGAUAAGAAGACAUCAUAGGGUGGGCGUGAAGGACAUUGCUGGGAUCUCCUUGCCCGCAAGUGUGAAAUUUCAGAGUCCAGCUCAUUCUUCCACAGAUUCCGAAGAGACAAGUGAACCUUAUACAACUGAAAAGAUGAGUCGAGUUCCUGGAGGGUAUUCGGCUUUGACAGAGUGCUUUGAAAUUAUGACAGUAGAUUUCAACAAUCUUCAGGAAUUAAAAAGUCUUGCAACUAGGAAACCCAAUAAAAUUGGUGUUCCUGUUAUUAAAGAAGGCAUACUAGAUGCUGUCGUGGUUUGGUUUGUACUGCAGCUUGAUGACGAGCACAGUUUAUGCACAAGUCCGAGUGAGGAAACCUGUUGGGAACAGGCCGUCUACCCUGUACAGGACCUCGCAGACUACUGUGUAAGGCCUGGGGACCAUGUGAUGAUGGAAGUGUCCUGUCAGGACUGUUACUUAAGAAUCCAGAGUGUCAGUGUCUUCAGUUCGGAACCUGAAAUGGAUGUCGGAAAAAGUUUCACCAAGAAUGAAGACUUGCUCUCUCUAGGAAACGAGGCUGAACUCUGUAGUGCCCUGGCUAACCUGCAGACCAGCAAACCAGAUGCCGUGGAGCAGACAUGUGUUUUGGAGUCCACGGAAAUCGCUCUGCUUAACAACGUCCCAUACCACGAAGCCUUUAAGCUGGCCAUGAGCCGAGUGCUGUCUUCCCUGAGCCCCGAGAGGCCGGGCCAGGCCGUGGAGGCUCACUGCCAGGACAGUGAGAUGAGCUGCGGGGGCGGGCAGGGCGAUUCCGAACCCGGUGCCGCGGAGCCUUUCUACGUGCUAGACGUGUCCGAGGGCUUCUCCGUCCUGCCCAUCAUCGCGGGCGCCCUCGGGCGGGUGAAGCCUUACAGUUCGGUGGAGAAGGACCAGCAUCGUGUCACUCUGGACCUCAUAUCCGAAGCCAAUCACUUUCCUAAAGAAACACUUGAGUUCUGGCUGAGACAUGUGGAAGACGAAUCUGCCGUGUUGCAAAGGCCAAAAUCGGACAAGUUGUGGAGUAUAAUCAUACUGGAUGUCAUUGAGCCAUCUGGGCUCAUUCAGCAGGAAAUAAUGGAGAAGGCUGCGAUAUCCAGGUGUUUGCUGCAGUCGGGAGGUAAGAUCUUUCCUCAGUAUGUGCUGAUGUUUGGGUUGCUUGUGGAAUCCCAGACACUGGUGGAAGAGAAUGCUGUUCAAGGGGCGUCACGAACUCUCGGAUUAAACAUAGCGCCGUUUAUUAACCAGUUUCAGGUACCUAUACGUGCAUUUUUGGACCUCUCCUCGUUGCCCUGUGUACCUUUAAGUAAGCCGGUGGAACUCCUGAGACUGGAUUUAAUGACUCCCUAUUUGAACACCUCUAACAGACAAGUGAAGGUACACAUUUGUAAAUCUGGUCAAGUGACUGCCAUUCCAUUCUGGUAUCAGAUGUACCUUGACGACAACAUUCGACUGGAUACCUCCAGUGAGGUCUCCCACUGGAAACAAGCUGCAGUUGUUCUGGAUCCCCCCAUCCAGGUGCAGACGGGGGAGGAGCUCAUGCUCCAGGUCCAGCACCACAAAAGCAACGUCAGCAUCACAGUGCAGCGCUGAGGAGCAGUUUCCUGAUGAGAAACUAAGCAGAGCGAGUGCCCCGUUUUCCUGGUCGGAGGAGUGCAACUGGCGUCAUAAAGUUGGGGGGUGGUAAAGAAUUAAUUCCUUGUAUUGAUCAACUAGUUUUAAAAACGGACCUUAAUAAAGUGUAUUUAAAAGAUGCUAAA